GUGAGAAGAUUUUGGGAAGUGUGAAUGUUAAUGGAAGGCAGCGUUACCAUGGCGACGCGUCAACAACAACAACAGUGGCUGUAAUUUGUUUGUGUGAUGGGUUGUGUGAGGCAGGAAGACACAGCCAUGGUGAAGCACCUGCCAUGACACAGCCAUGGUGACGCACCUGCCAUAAAGAAGAAGAGCAGUGAUGGUGCUGACGACCCUGGCAGUCUGAACACCUUAUACAAAUGAAGAAGAAAAAGGCGUCAGGUUGUGCCCAGGUCGUCGGCGGUGUGGCUCACUUUUCCUGCUGGGAAUAUUUGUAUCCUCUUCUCUAUAAUCCCAGAUAGGCCUAGGCUGGGUUGUCUUUCAAACGCGAAUUCCUAGAGGUAGGGCUAAAUAUGGUUCACGCCGUCACAGCCUAAAGCUACAACAAUUCUUGCGCUGUAUAGCCCUUGUGGUUUAGCGCUUCUUUUUGAUUAUAAUAAUAAUACUACUACAACAAUUCUUGCUUGCUCAGGGAAUGUACCAAGUAUUUAUACUGGAAUGGGACGAAAGGAUGAAUAUUUAUUUCAGCUAUGACAGUACGGAAAAUACCAAGAGUAACAUUUUCAUAAAUCUCACAAUGGAAAUUGCUAAUAAAGCACAAAACAUUAAUAAGUGGAAUGACAGCUUCCCAGCAGUACUGGUGAUGCUCGGUUUUCAUCCUCAUUCAAAAAACUGUUGUACUCCAUUCACUGAAGUAUCCUAGCAACCAGCGGUUUAAAUAAAAGUUCCAAGUGAAGAUGAUGGAAGAUGUGAAUGCAGAGUGCAAAAAGUUCUGUGUAGAGUGGGCCAACUUCCACAAAGUGACCAAAGUGCUUGUAAAAGCAUUGCGGAGGAUACACCAUGGAGUAAGAGCAGAACAUGCACAGCUCAAAGGGAGUAUAAAGACCUCAGGGUUAAAAACGAAAGUGUUAGCUAGACACGAAACUGCGUUUAAAAAAGUUAUUUUGGGUCUUAGAGAUUAUGCAGCUAAUUUUCUGGAAAUGGAGGAGCAAUACAGAGAGCUAUUAAAGUCUCGUAAUAAGUUCUGUAAAAUUCAGUUUGCCAGAGUGAUAGAGAGACAUAGUGAGGUUGAAGUGCAACGAGACACUAUACUGUUUUCUGUUGAAAGUUUAAUAAAAGCUCAAUUGAAAAUUAUAGCAGGAAAUUUCAGUGAAAAUUCAAAAAUGCUGGCAGAUGCUGGCAUUUUUGAAGUUAUAGCAUCAUACAAUGAAAUACUUAUUAAGCUAAAGAAUAUUUUACCUAAGAAAGAAGAAGAGUAUGAAGAUGAGGAGGAAGAUAGUGAAACAUUGUAUAGAACUAUAAUGCCAGAUACUUUAGUUCCUCCAUUGUCUUGUUUGAAGCAGAUGACUGCAUCCAAGAUUCUUCAGACAGUAGGUAGAGAAAGAGCACCUCAUGUUACAAAAUGCAUUGCAGAUACCUUAAUGCUAGAAGUAAUAAUGCCAGCUGAAAAUGGGACAAUGCUACCAUGGAAGCCAACAAAUUAUAGUGGAAAAUAUGGGCAAAGCACUGGUGAUAUAUUUGAAGAUGCAGUUGCUAAGGAAGAAGAUGAAAAUAAAAUAAAUCAGCAAAAGUUAGAUUUAGCUUUGAGAAUGGAAUUUGGAGAGGACUUUCCUGGUACAGAUUAUCUGCCAGCUAAUGAUGCUGGGGAUUUAACAAGCCCUGUAUGUUGUUCCAAAGUUGACUCUCUUAUUAAAACUAACUCAGAGUUACUCGAUUUACUUGUUGAAAAGUUUACGAAGACAACAGGAGUCCUUGUCAAAGGUAUGGUCAAACAAAGCAAAUCUGGAGAAAAACGUUUAAGUAAAGCUGCUAGAACACGAAUUGAAACAUAUUAUGUGGAAAGGGUUUGGGGUGAGGGCUCAGAAUUUGUAGAGGAGAUGGUGCUAUGGAUCCCUCCAUCUGCCAGACCUCCUCCAUUCCCACCCCCAGCACUUCUCACACCUCUAAAACUCUUUCAACUACUCACAAUAUUCCAGCAGUACUGCAAUAAAGCUCUCAUCCCCGAAUCUUGUUAUGCAAGUUGUGAGGGUAUUGUAGAUGAGUGCCGUCACUUAGCCACUAGCUCAUUUGUAGACAGGGGCCUGGUACGUGGUAUUGGAGCAUAUGCUCGCUCGUGUCCUCUGCCUUUUAAGUUACCAGAUGGAAAUUUCUCUACUGUGGGUGGUGAUGGCAUAGGUGAUGUCAUUCAAUUAUUAGUUUGGGAAAUAAAUGAAAUAGAACGAGCAGAAGUUGAGAAAGAACCCAAAGAUUGGCCGGUGGGAGAUGAGGUAAGUCUGCUUCUUAGACUGGGAGCAGCUGUUACUUCAAUGCUUUGUUGGUUGCAGCUUCGUGCAACUCACCUUUUGCACACUUGGAAUACAGCACCUUACUAUCUUCUAACUCAAGCUGACUUACCACGAGCUAUUCAAGAACUGAAGUUGCUACGAAUUCAGGAGAGAGAUAACCUUAUCAAAACAGAUGACAUGGCUCGCCUGCUUUAUGCCAUGUCUCGUGACAACCUUGUAAAGAUGAUUGAAAAAGUAAUUGACAAGAUAAAGGAAUAUGAAGAUGAAUCCGUAGAAGCUGUUAGUUCUGUAUGUCGAACUGUGAGUCUGGCCCAGUUACAAAAUUCAAUGCCCAAACCACGGAUCUGGCGAGGGAUUGGCCGUAUUCCUCAUGAACCACAUUACUAUGUAUAUGAAUAUAUUGCUGCAGUGCUAGAACCAGUGUUAGAUGCUGUCUCAAAGCUUGGUGUGGUAUUGCAGCGGCGUGCUGGAGCUACUGUUUUAAAAGUAGUGUGUUAUGCAUGGCUGGAACACAUCAGGGUUCAAAAGAUUAAGUUUUCGCUCUGGGGUGCUCAACAGUUACUAAAAGAUUUUCAUGCAUUAGCUGAAUGGUUACAAAAGUAUCCUGGCCUAGCUCCAGAGGCUCGCACUCAAGUAUUGGCAGUGGAUGUUCUCCGUGAGUGUGAGGGGGUGGCGAGGUUACUCAUGAGGCAACCACCAUUAGUUGUAGGAUAUACCUCACAAAACCAGGUGGCACCUAUGGGCCCUAUCAUUGCAGGUGAGAAUGUUUUUUUUUUUUCAACAAACCUGCUAUAUCCCAUCGACUCCAAUAAGAAAGUCAUCUCACACCAAUCUGUGCCUCAGCAAAAUCCUUCUUACCUCCCAAUUCUAAACUUCUAG